CCCCCCGCGGGCCGGUGUCACGCGUUCCGCAUUUGUGAGUGGUCACGCCGAGGAGUCAUGCAUGGAGAGUCAUGUGACGGAGCUCUGCGUCCCCAGCCCAGAGCGAGCGCGCAGUCGGUCGGAGGAGAGCUGUGGAGUCGUGCUCCGGACAGGAGCGUGCGGGCAUCCCAGGAAAGAGCUGAGUGGGCAAUGCGCGGUGCCGAACCAUGAGGGUCUUGUGCAGCAUCCCCACUCCUCACCCGGCUCGAUGCUGCCUCCUCCACCGCCUCCUUUUCAGCACCCUCCUCGUGCUGCUGUUGCUAUGUUGCUCCGCGCCACGUGUGGUUUUGGCUCAGGCCUUGAGCGAGGAGGGGGGCCGCCCGCCCCCCUUGGAAGCCCUCGUCCUAAGCCUCGUCCCCGUGAACUGCACCGGUCGCGACAACUCCACGUGCGAGCCCUGCCCCCCAGGGUCAUUCUCCAACGCCAGUGUGCCCACGUGCGCGUGUUGCUCCAUGGGGGGCUGCCAGUCCCCGGUGAGUUGCCGCCCGUGCAGCCCGGGGUCUCACCAGCCCGCGGGGGGCCAGGCGCAGUGUCUCCCGUGCACGCCGGGCUCCUACUCACAGGAGCCGGCUCAGCGGCUCUGCUUGGCGUGCGCCCCCGGGAGCUUCGCAUCGCAGCACGGGGCCUCGAGCUGCCUCCCGUGUCCCAGAGGAAGCUUCAUGCCGGGAUCGAACUCAUCCACGUGUCUCCCCUGCGCACCAGGGUCGUACAGCUCGGAGCCCGGCUGGUCCGUGUGCCUGCCGUGCGAGACGGGAUUCAACUGCAGUCGAGAACGCUGCACGGAGUGCGAGCUGUGUCCGGGCGGGUGGCAAACGGCAGGGCGCGGCGCCCAGCAGUGCCAACCCUGCCCUGCAGGGCAGCAGAAGUGGGAGGGCGUCGUGUACUGCACUCCAUGCCCCGGUGGCUACUACCAGCCCCAAGAGGGACAGCAGGGAUGCCUGAUGUGUCCUGAAGACAACUACUGCCCGAGUCCCGAAAAGGCGCCGCUCCCGUGCCCCGUCGGCGCCUUCUGCCCCGCGGGGAGCCAAGAGCCGUCGCUGUGCGUGCCGCCGUUCCUGCGCUGGGGCGGAGACCACUGCUCGCCGAGUCCCCUGCUCAUCGGCCUCGUGGCGGGCAGCACGCUGGCUCUGCUGCUGUUGCUGUUCCUAGCUCUCAACCACUGCAAUCAGCGACUCCGCGACGAGCCCGGCGCCCGCACGCCACUGCUGUGGCACUCGAGGCAAAGACGCGGCGACAGGGUCCAGGACCAGGAGCCCAUGUACACAGGGUGGUGACCCAGGACGCGGCAGCCCUCGUCGACAAACCCACCAGGCCAGCCGCCCAGUGGUCAAUACCCAGCAUUCAUCGAGCCACAGGGCGGUGAAGCAGCAUCCGGCGCUUGGCACCGUUAACACACCUGACGAUGGAGCACCUAGAACCGAGCGUCCAGCACUCAACGCCCGUUAUCAUCGACAACACGUGCUGGUGACACAGCACCAAUCGGCACCCAGCGUCAUCGGCACACCGUUCACGCAGUAUUGGUGAAGGGAGCAUCAGGCAUCGGCAACACGCAAGCUGGCGUAGGGACAUUGAGCAGCCAGCAUCAUCGGCGGAUUUUCUGCACCACGGGCAAAUGAAGCUCCCUGUAUCAAGGCACUUGGGCUUGUAGUCGAGCAGCCAAUGCCACCAGAACUCAGCGCAACCAACACGGAGCUUAGCGUCUCCAUUCAACGACGCACCUUGCGUCGAUGUAACAAGGUUGCAAAAACUGAAGGCGUCAGCUUCUGAUCUGCACGACCCAGGGGAAGACCCUGCGACUGCCUGCUGGUAACAAGGUCAAAUACGCGCUUUGCUCCUGGCUUAUAACGUUCCAAGAUUGUGUUGUGUUGUUGAUGACACUGAUGAAGUAUGUGCUGCUUAGGUCAGAGACCCAGGCUUUCCAGUCGACGAAUUAUGACGACCCGUAAUGGGCCCCCCCUCUCCCGUCAAUGUCUUGGUCCACAAAACAGGAGACAAAGUCAUAGUGCUUAAGGCUACUUUGUGUAAAUACAUGCAAUGCAAAUGCAACUACUCUAUACACCUGUCAGGCAUUUCACACAGGCGGUGGGGGGGGGAGAGAUAGCCGAGUCUCAAGGGACAGCGGAGCGGUCAGAUCGAGAAAGCCCCGAGGUUGCAUGCGUUCACAUUUCGCAAAGACCACGCUGCUACCCGUCGGUGCCCAUGUUUGGACCGCGUUAUACUUUUGCUACUGCACAAUAAAGUUUAAUCACAAAUUAUGCCUUCACGUUUUUUCUUGAAUAGGUUG